GAUUUACCUAAAGCCUUUUAGACUGAUAUUUCUAACGGAAAUGUUACACACAUUAAUCGAUUGGCAAUCUAAAUGUAGAAACUAUACACUCACAAAUAAGAAUUAUUUCGACAAAAAGCAAAACAAAAUAUUUCCCAGUUAAAGUAGCGAAUUUACUACAGUCAGUAUAAUUGUAUAUUAAAGAUAGUCCAGAACAAAAUAAAACACCUAUGCCGCUUCAUUCGGGAGCUGGAAGAUCGAAAACUUAAACCAAAAUAAAUUCAUUAGACAUGGACUUUAUAUAACCAUGAAAAAUAUUUUUAAUUAUGUGUUUAAAAAAACUACGAGAUUAAGUACAAUUUUUAAAAAAAGACAAAGACAGUUGGAUUAAUUAUCCUACACAUUUUUCUGUAUUUUCAAAAUGGAUACACAAAGAGAACCCGUACUACGAAACAAACAAACUGACACAGGAAUUCUUACAAUUAGCGUUGCGUCUCAAACGUAUCUCUGUGGCACAACAACCAUCAACAGGGGAACCGACACUCCAAACUUUGACAUUCUAACAAUAAACGUCGCCACGCAAACACAUAUCGAUGACACGACUACCAAGAUCACACACACGCAAAAAGUUCCCAGUGAAACAUCACUCGACUUAUAUAGAUCAAACGCUAAGUCUCACCAACCAAAUAGUAAGAUAAAAUAUGGAAAUAUUAUCACUCAAAAACAAAACAGUGUAACGCGAAUAAGGAAUGUGGAGACAAGAACAGGAAAUCGGUCAAAGCAAUGUGAUAACUUUGUGUUUCAAUCACGAAAUACAAUAAAACAAGAAGGAAACGUGACUACGGAGACAGGGAACGAAACAAACCAAGUAGGAAACACUGUCAUUCAGAUAGGAAACAAAAUCACCGAGUCAGGAAACACAAUCACUAGCUGUAACAACACAUUUAAUGAGAGUGAAAACACAGUUAUUCAAAUAAGCAACUCUAGUGGGGCAACAACAAAUAAAGACAAACACAGAGAAAGCCGUACGGAUAAAAGUAAUGUUGACUGUAUACAAGAAACAGUCGAACAUGCAAUUGAGUUGGCGCUAAAGGCGAAUGAUGAGGAAAGUUGCAAUGACGAAGAGAAAAACGAUUUUGAUUUACUGAUGCAAGAACUAGAAGAAUCAAUUGCUCUGUCUGAGAAAGCGAUACACGAGGAAAGUGAUGAAGACAAAAGUGAUGUAGACAAACGCGAAGAAGGCCAAACUGAAGACGACUAAAGACCAAGUAAUUCGGAUAAGAAAGGUUCCAUGGAAUCAACAUAUCCAAAUGAGCAGAAGAUAUUGAAAAUUUUACGGGAUUACUUUGUCCUUAUGCUUAGUGCU